AUGAAAUCGGUAAAUAUAUCAAAGAUAUUGAAGCUUCCUGUUCGUAAUGCUGCUAAUCCAGCACUUAAGAUCUAUGAUGAAGCAAAUGAGCAAACAAUUUCGAUUCUUGAACGUGAAGGUGGAAUGAAGUAUGCAUGUGUUCCCAAACCCAACAUGUGGAAUGGACUCACUCGCAUUAUGGCAGUUUUUAAUGCUGGUUCACGUUUUGAAAACCGACCUCAUCUUCAUGGAAUUACGCACCUUAUUAGACGCAGUUGUGGUCUUUCCACUACUGACUACACUGCGGUUAAUCUUACCCGUCAUGUCCAGCAGAUGGGUGGCCAAUUACACUGCCACACAACCCGUGAACAGAUGAUAUAUAGUAUUGAUGUUGCUCCAAAUCUUGCCUCUCGAGCUGGUUUGAUUUUGGCAACUAUAGCUACGAAAACCACAUUUUAUGACUGGGAACUGAAAGAUAAUGUAUACAAGUUAAUGAGAAAAGAUUUGGACAUGCUCAAUCGACGAAGAUUCGAUGCUUUGACAAUUGAACUCCUGCACGAGGCUGCCUAUGGGCAACAUCCUGAUGGCACUGGUCUCGGAAACUCCCUAUUUGCAAACCCCUACAGGAUUGGUACUCACAAGCUUGAAGAUAUUGAAUCCUUCUACAACACCUACUUCACUCCUUCUAAUGCCGUUUUCCUUGUCACUGGUUGUGGGCCGGAAACCGAGAGCGUUCAAAUCUUUGACACUAUGUAUGAUGCUGCCCUACUACGUCCGAAUGCAAGUCCAUCUAGUGCCCCAAAACACACCUUUGUUUCAGGUGAAAGGCGCCGUGAAAUUACCGGAGCCGAUACUACGUAUGCUGCUCUAGUUUGGCCAACUACAGGAGGUCAUUUGAGCACAAGUCCAGACGCCAUGGCUCUCACUCUCGUUGCGGCUGCUAUUACUCCACCCAGGAAGACUAUCGCCUAUGGGUCGACUGGAAACUUCAUGCCUCCAUCCCCCGACGCCCUAGCAAUGCCUCUUAAUUUCUCCUAUUCCGAUCAUGGUCUUUUUGGUCUCCUUGUAACCGGUUCUAACGGCCAGGUUGUCGGUGGACAUCUUGUCGAUUCUCUGAAGGCACUCAACUUGCUUGCACAGAAUGGCUUGAAUGGAAAGCAAUUUGAAAAUGCCAAAGCCCGUUUGAUAAUGGAGGCAAUUUCGAAAAGCGAGGAUAUUAACCAGUUGACGGGGGAUAUCGCCUUCCAACUUCUCUGUGCUAGCCGAAAUGGUGAGAGGAAGAGUAGUGACAUCUGCUCGCUUGUUGAUCUUAUGACAGCAAUUGAGUCAGUGAAGCUAGAUGAUGUUAAUAGAAUUCUAGCCAAGACGGUGACUUCAGGAAAGAUGGCUCUUGCUACAGUUGGUACAGAUGUAGCCUAUGUGCCGCCCCUAGAUGCUUUGAAAUCACUUUAA